GGAGUAGAGCCUGGAGAGGGAGGAGGAUUGUGUAAAGCGCGCACUAAAGUCAGAGUGCGCGUUUGACUUGUUUUACUUUUUGUAUCAGAUCACACCACCUUGCCUCGGAUUGCACAUUACUUGCAGCCACGAUUUGUUUUUUUGAUUUUCUUGGGUUGUUUUGUCCGUUCAUUUUCUUCAUCCAACUUGUUUGAAGAGCACCUGACCUGGGAUACGACGGUGGCAGCUCUGGAGUUGGGCUGAGCUGCAGUGAAGAGCCUCCCGCGAAUCGCAUCCCUGGGAAUGGCAAAACGUGCACGCUAAAUGUUAUUCUCCUGUGUGAGCUGAGAAGUGCUAUAUGUUUGUGAACUUGGAGUGAAACCCUGAAAUUUACGCGCAGAUACCGGUUGGAUAUUUGCAAAAGACUGGCAUGAUGCAACUUUAUGCGACUAUAAAACUGACCACAGUCCUAUUUUGGUUUACAUCACUCGCUUACGAUCAUGCAGAGGCAGGACACAUUACAAGGAUAUUGCCUGAUGCAACACCUCUGAUUCUUAAAAAGGGAGAUUCAGUGUCCCUAAUUUGCAGAGAGAAAGAUCCACACUGGAAGCUUGCCUCUCAACUCCGAGCUUCGUUAUCAGACGGAGUGGAGGAGAGCCACUGUGACUCAACGCAUCAUUUUGGACACCAUUGCAGCAAACUGACCAUCACCAGUCUGACAGCCAGCGACACUGGACCAUACAACUGCUCCGAUCACAGCUUAAUUUAUAUCUAUGUUACAGAUCCGCAGCAGCCAUUUGUGGAACCUUUUCCCGCUAUACCUUUUGCUAUCUGGACUCUGAGAAAUGAGACCAGCCUCACCAUUCCAUGUCGAACGUCAUCUCCUGAUGCUGUUGUGACACUCAGUUCGACCCCUAUGCAUUCAUUAAAAAAGGAAGAAAUGAAGUGGGAUCCAAAAGUGGGAUUCAAAAUUCCGUAUGGUCGUGAUGCUUACUACGAUUGGAUUACAUGUCACACAGAGGUUAAUGGACAUAUUUUCAGUUCAAUGUACAUCCCCAAAAGAUGGACUCCUAUCCUUCAGAAUGUGAAGAUUACCCCAGAUCAUGUAAAACUAUUAGCCGGAGACCUCCUUGUUCUUAAUUGUACUGGUGAAACCUCAUCUAGUGUAAGGAUCAACUUCACGUGGGACUUUCCUCGAAAAACAGAGCAUCGGCAUCAUACUAAAGUAAUCACUACAGAGGUAAAAGAUGAGGGCCUCGCUUAUAUGAGUAAGACCUUGUAUUUGCCCAACGUAAAACUGGAAGAUAAGGGGAUAUACCGGUGUAAUGCGAACAUGGAAUCCAUGAAGUUCAAACAUGUUUCAGUGUCAGUGACAGUUUAUGAGCAUCCUUUUAUCAAUCUGACAUAUAAGAAUGAAAAACGUAGUACUAUUAUUGCAAACAAAUACAAUAAGAAGGUUUUAUUUGGAGCAAAGGUCAAAGCGGUGCCUCUUCCAGACACAAUGAUUUGGUAUAAAGAUGGCAUUCCAAUCAAAAAGAAUUCAAGUUGCUACAAAAUGUCUGGCAACAACCUUAUUAUCAAUGAUGUACAGCAGAAGCACGCAGGUGUCUACACAUUCACUGUGGGCAUUCAAGACAUAGGGCUGUACAAGAAUCUAAGUUACGUUCUGAUUUACAAUGUGCAUCCAACCAUUUCUGAGGCAGAGCUCUCCACGGUGGAUGUGCAGCCCUAUAUGUUUGGCAAAGACCAACAGUUAGCUUGUACUGUCGAUGGAGUGCCUUCGCCAAACAUCACUUGGCUCUGGCAGCCAUGUCCCUCAGAUCCAAACACAACACAUUGCAAUGGAAGUGCCUAUCAAGCCACAAACUCAUUUAUUGUUUCAACUGACAUCAAGUUUGGGAAUUUUUCCCACAACUGGGUUAAGAGCGUAAACUCUAAACCUGAGCUGGUCCAAGGGAAAAAUAAGACUGCAAGUAUACUAGUGAUAGGAGCAGCCAGUGUAUCAGGACUAUACACUUGUAUAGCCAGCAAUGAGGAGGGUACUAACACAAUGACUUUUCCCUUCUUCGUUACUAAUCAUACAGAGGAAAUAGCAGUGUUGUCUCCUUCUGUUAUUGAGGGGGAUGACACUGUGCUGACAUGCCAGGCAGCACGUUACCUCUACACAGAUCUCCAGUGGCUUGAUUCAAGAAAUCAAACUAUCACCUCAAAUGUGUCUACUCUUGAGACAAGCACAUACUCCAUUUCCCGUUCUUUCCAUCUGUAUAACGUGUCUCGAAACAGCUCAAGUGGCUACAAGUGUCUGGGGCAUAAAGUGCACAAUAAGGCUGUGCUGAAGACCGCUAAUCUAAACGUUGCUGAGAGAAAACUGCCUUGGCUUAGCCAAAAUCUUACAGACCAGGAUGUGAAUAGUAGCACCACCCUCAUAUUGACCUGUUUAGCCCUUGGAGUUCCUCGUCCAUACAUCAUGUGGUACAAAAAUGGGAUUGAAGUAGAAAAAGGCCCAGGUAUUGCAUUUGGUGAUGGGGUCCUGACCAUUGAGAGAGUAAAAAAAGAUGAUGAAGGACUUUAUGAGUGUGUGGCCAUAAAUCAUCUUGGCACUGUAAAGACAAGUGCUAUGGUCACUGUCUAUGAUGAUGACAGUAAGCCAAAUGUUGAGGUAAUCAUCCUGGUGUGUACUGGAGCUGCAGCAACUUUCCUCUGGCUUAUGCUUAUUCUGUUUAUUCGCAAACUUAGAAAGCAGCCUGCACAUUAUAAAAUGGGACCAUCAAUCAUCAUUGAUCCUGAUGAAUGUCCUCUCGAAGAGCAAAAUGAGCUUCUUCAGUAUGACAGCAGCAAAUGGGAGUUUCCUCGAGAUCGACUGCAACUGGGUAAGACCCUUGGCCACGGAGCUUUUGGAAAAGUUGUGGAGGCAUCAGCGUUUGGGAUUGACAAGUUUUCAACAUGCAAGACUGUUGCAGUUAAAAUGUUGAAAGGAGGCGCAACAUCCAAUGAACGAAAAGCUCUGAUGUCAGAGUUGAAAAUCCUUAUUCAUAUUGGACAUCAUUUGAAUGUUGUGAAUCUGCUCGGAGCCUGCACAAAGCCAGGAGGUCCACUGAUGAUGAUAGUUGAAUUUUGCAAAUAUGGAAACUUGUCCAACUAUUUGAGGAGCAAAAGGGAUGAUUUUAUUGUCUAUAAGAACCAGGAUGGUAAGGUGGUGUCGGGGUCCGGUUGUGAGCUGAGUGAGUUGAUGAAGCGCCGUCUGGAGAGUGUGGCCAGCACCGGAAGCUCAGCCAGCUCUGGCUUUAUAGAAGAUAAGAGCUACUGCGACUCAGAGGAAGAGGAAGAAGAAGCUGAAGAUUUAUACAAAAGAGUCUUGACUUUAGAAGAUUUGAUUUGCUACAGUUUCCAAGUUGCAAAAGGCAUGGAGUUCUUGGCCUCUCGUAAGUGCAUUCAUCGAGAUUUGGCAGCAAGAAACAUUUUACUCUCUGAGAACAAUGUUGUCAAGAUAUGUGACUUUGGACUCGCUCGGGAUGUGUACAAAGACCCAGAUUAUGUGCGCAAAGGAGAUGCCAGACUCCCACUGAAGUGGAUGGCACCUGAGGCCAUUUUUGACAAGGUCUACACCACUCAGAGCGACGUAUGGUCCUUUGGUGUUUUAAUGUGGGAAAUCUUCUCUUUGGGUGCCUCGCCAUAUCCUGGAGUCCAAAUUGAUGAAGAGUUCUGCUGCAGACUGAAGGAGGGAACUAGGAUGAGAGCACCAGAAUACUCCUCAUCUGAAAUCUAUCAGACCAUGUUGGACUGCUGGCAUGGAGAGCCGCUAAAGAGACCCUCCUUCACAGAGCUGGUGGGAAGGCUCGGGGAUCUGCUUCAAGCCAGUGUUCAACAGGAGGGGAAACACUACAUCCCACUCAACACGAUGCUUCUGGCUAAAGUAGGAGAUCCGUCGGGGACAGUGUCCACAGAUGACAAGCUCACACGACCCCUGUCCCACCGCGACUCUGGGUGCACAUGGAACAUGAAGAUACGUCCUGCCAGUGUGAAAACCUUUGACGAGGUGACCAUGGACAGUGGAACAAGUGUGGAACAUGUGAGCGGGCAGUCAGACAGUGGGAUGGGCCUGUCCACAGAGAACAUGAGAACACUGAAGCGCCUUGAGUCUUUGGCAGGGCGACCUCUGAGCAUCAUAGCUUUGGCGAAGAAGGCCAUGAGCAAGAGCAAAGAGUCCGUUCUGGAGGACUUGGGCCUGGAUGACUCAGCGCUGGACAUGGGUUUGGAGUGUCACAGCCCUCCACCUGACUACAACUCUGUGGUGCGUUACUCCACCCCUCCAGUUUAAUGCCUGCUCUUCCCCGGGACCCCCCUCUAUUCUAUGGACUGACUUUAAGAGGAAAACCUGUGCCAUUCUGGGAAUGCAUGUGUUAUAUUUAUAUCAUCCAUUUCCACAAAUUUGUCCACCUCUGCACACAGGCUCAGGUAAUUCUUAAUGAAUCUACUGUGAAAACGCACGGCAAUCCUCUCCUGAAUCCAUGCAAUAUCCAGUCUAUUUAACAAAAGUUAAAGCAGUGUUAGAUAUCUUAUGUUUUGUUCUUGUUUUGGUUGUAAGAAUCCACAAGGAAUGCCUCACCACGAUGAUAGAGGAUAUGCUGGCAAUAUUUCAUUUGAUUGAGCUAAACUCAGGUUUAUCACACGUCUGAUUUUAGUUUUGAAUAAAUAGUUUUAUUUCCCCCAAAGCACUAACAACUGAAAUGCUAUAUUUAUUAUAAUUUUCAUUAUAGGAGGAUUCCCAAACAGAAUAUCUGAGCAGUUUCUGUUGUGAUCGGCAAGUAAUGAAAGUUUGUUUUUGUUUUUUUCAAACAGUUAUUAUGAAUUGUAAAUUGAACAUUUAAAGCCAAUAUAUUGUUAGAGGUAGAAUUAUUUUAUUGGAAACUUUUUUAAAAGGACAUAAAAUGUUAAUAGAAGAGUCAUUAUUGGAGAGUUGCAAUGCAGCCAGUAGCAUUUUGAACUAACCAGUACAAUAUACAGUGUGGUCAUGGUGACCCCUGCUACUGUCUUCAACCAUUUUGGUAAUACAGAUACUUAUGCACUGAAGUUUUAUUUUGAUGUUUUCAUACACCGGAGAAUAGUAUAUUGUUACCACACAGUGUUACAGAGAUUUUGUAUUUUAUUUAACUAUUUUCUAAAAGUAAAUAUUUUAUAUUUUUAGGGUUUUAUCCACAUGUAUGUUAUUUGUAAACACAUUCCAUUAAUUAAGCAGUAAUGCAAACAUUGUAGCCUACAGUGACCUAAACUGUUUUAAUAUUGUACAACUUAUUACAAAAGAAAAAGUACUGUCUUCACACUGUAAACAGAGUAUAAGUAAAUAAAAAUAGAUUUAUACAGU